AUGAUCAAUGUCCAUCCCAGUGAAGACGUCAUGGCCAACGACCUCCGCAUCCUCACGACGGCACCGCAGAAUAUGAAACUUCCCGGAGUGAACAAGUACGGUAGCUGGCGCUCUGUGUACUCAGGCGACAAGAUCAAAUACCGCUACUGGAACCCGGAAAGGAACCGUCCUUGGGUGCUUCGCUCCGUAGCGACAGUCUACACGGACAACAGCAUGAACGUGCACUUCGUUGCAUCCCGCACGAGGUACGUCUUCCAGCAGGUUGGGGACCCCUCCCCGAUCCUCAAAGAAACUGGACGACAGCACGGUGUGCCGGACUGCAUUCGCUUCCUUCUCAUGUGGAACUCUUUGCGCUGCGUGUCCCGCGGGAUCCAGAUCCAGGAUCGAGGCGAUCGCCACGUCCAUGACUUCCAUGGGGAGCCUCUGGCCCGACCCACGUUCAGCGUGGACGAACUUUACUCGAUGACCAACAAGUGGUCCUCGAACCCCAACGAUUUCUGGGACGACUACCCUGACAAGUGGUUCGCUGUGAGGGCUUAG